CCAUUGGGCAUCUAUUGGCUCCGCCGAAGGUGUUGCGUGUGGCAGUGCGCUCGAUCUUUUGCCCACCCUCGUUCCGCCACUUCUACGAUAUACUGAAGGGGCGACGGAUUCCGAUGGAAACCGCGUGCCGUAAGUUUUGGUGGGGUUCGCUUGAAGAUGCACUUGAUGCAGAAUCCAAAAAGGUGACAUGUUCUUCUUUUUUUCAGUCUGCCGUUAGCAAAUGGGAGCGAGCACGCGGCGAUCUUGACACAAUGAAGGAAUUCUUUAUGUGUAAGGCCGCUAGUUUGCGUAACUACCACGUUUCCACAUGGAUUGAGAGCUGCAGUAAGGUGGAGACUCUCGCUGGACUUUUGGAUAUUCUCGUGCAGGAGAUAAACGUCUACGGACCCCCUCUUCUUUCCCCCGAAGCGGCAACCGCGUUGCUCACGGCAGUUCUCAUCCUGCAUUCCACAGAAGGCGGGGAAAACAAGGUGUCCGCAAGUACAGACACCCUGCGUUCACUUGGAGUUGUGUACUUUGUGGUGCCCGCCGAUCGAGCAUUUUCUGCUGCGCCGUAUUUUAAGGGAAUUUACCAUGAACGCUACAUCAGCUCAACUUCUCUCGAUUGGACUGUGGGGUGGGACGGUGCCGAGGCGCUUCUGGUGGGCCGUUCUAUUCGCCGCAUAACGAAGUACCCCACGACAACGAAGGAGGCGUUCUUUCGUGUUGAGCACCGGCAACGGGGAAGUCAUGAUGAAAAUUAUUUUCCCAAGGUGACUUUCCGCGUUCCGGAAAUUCGAUUACGCCUCAUGGCAGUUCACCUUCUCGACGCGGCACGAUACUUCGAAGAUCAAGGGCAACAACUGCAGAAGGAUGAGAAAAGGACGACGACGGUUUCGUCGCAAGUGAAAGGUAUGAUGCCUGACUCAAAGCCCGAGAUUGUUGCACGUCACUUGCCGUUUGGUGCUAUUGCGGUUAACAAACCGGCAGGGAUGAGCACGACUUUGCACGUGGCGUACCCGCACUUGAUCCAAUACCUUUCCCGCUGUGUGCCAUGGAAAGGAGUUGAUAUCCCCGUUCUUUUUCAGCACGGACUUGUCAACCGCAUAGAUGUUGGCACAAGCGGUCUGGUACUCGUCACGGAUACGGGAAACUCACUGGUAGCGACGCGGCGUGCCAGUGUCGUAGACCGGCGCGUUGAGAAGAUAUACCGGGCCCUUGUGCUGCAUUGUCCCCCGCCCGAGUCGCGGGCGGGUAGCGAGGAGUUUUGGUACCUCAAUCCCAAGGGCGUUAUUAAUUGGAAUGUGUUUGCCAAUGGCGCUGACUACUCACUGCAGCUUGCGGCCCACGAUCCUGAGAGAAAAAGAGGGCUACCACCGGCAUUCAUGGACCGGCGUCCAGCAACAACGAUGUACCGUGUUCUGAACUAUUAUCCCUCCAGUGGUGUAUAUUAUUUGGAGGUGCAGCUUCGCAGCGGGCGCCGACAUCAGAUCCGUCAGCAUUUUGCACAGAUUUGUCAUCCGCUGGUUGGCGAUGGCCGUUAUCACGAGCGGGCAAGGUCAAUGGGUGAGCAGAUGGGUCUCUAUCGACCUGCUCUACAUGCGUCCCGGAUAACUCUCCUACCGUCUUCCUUAGAUUCUGCGACGGAUGCAAUCGAUGAUGCGUCGUAUACCAGGAAGGAGGACUCGGAAAAGACUGUUGUAGAGUGCCCGUUGCCGGACGAUAUUCGACGUGCACUACGUUGGCUGCAGGAGAAAGAGGAAAGGGGAAAGGGCACGGAUCACGUCUAA